UGUGUUUGGUGUUGCGCUGCAUCUAACCUGUGUUAAGGGGCACAUUGGCGAUGGCGAGUCGCGCUGUUGGAGUUUUCGUUCGUAAUUGUGCCAUUUUAGGGGGGCUCCAUGCUCCCCGGAUGGCGGUACGGCACCUCUCAGUGUCGACGAUUGCGUGCCAACGGGCGACCGGUCUCAUGAAGUCGUCACAAAUCUUCAAACCAAAGGUCACAUCGAGAAGUUACUCCGAAACACCUCCCAUGAGUCUACAGCUCAUCCAGGACCGUGUCAUGCUCGUUCUGAAACUGUACGACAAGAUUGACGCCGAGAAACUGAAAUUAGACUCCCAUCUCUUGAACGACAUGGGUUUGGACUCUUUGGAUUGCGUCGAGGUUAUCAUGGCUAUUGAAGACGAGUUUGGAUUCGAGAUUCCCGACCAGGACGCUGAGAGGCUCCUCCGACCAGCAGACAUCGUGCGAUAUGUUGCGGACAGAGAAGAUAUCUAUGAGUAGAUGGAGCGCUUCUAGACGAAAAUGAAUUUGUAUAUGUUGCUGCUGCUGAAAAAGAGGUGAAGAUGUCGAGUGUAUGUGGUUUGCAAAAUAAAACACUUCCGAUAGAUUUUACUCUACGUGAAGCUGUCAUCCA